UCGUUAUUUUUGCCUCAAACGUUUUAAGCCGAUCGUGUAUUGAGUCGUGUCGGCAGUCGGCUAGCGAUUACGUUCGUCGUUCAUAUAUAUUUUGUGUUUGAGUGAUAUUUUAAGUAUGGCUGUCGCUGUUAAUAAAGGUGUGUACAUUGUGGCAGCAAAACGAACUCCGUUUGGCAAAAUGGGAGGUGUGUUACGAAACAUAUCUCCUGCUGAUCUGUUGGCAAUUGCUGCGAAAGAUACUUUAAAAGCUGGUAAUGUAGCACCCGCCGUUGUGGAUACAGUCAACGUCGGCUUGGUCAAUACGCUGAGCUUGAGCUCAGAUGGAGGUCUAGCUCCACGACAUGCAGCUCUUAAAUCUGGUGUUCCACAAGAAAAACCAGCGCUUGGCGUAAACAGAUUAUGUGGUUCAGGAUUCCAGGCUAUUAUAAACAGUGCACAGGAUAUUCUAACAGGAGCUGCCCAAGUAUCGCUUGCUGGUGGAACCGAAAAUAUGUCAGCUGUUCCGUUCGUCGUAAGAAACGUUCGUUUCGGGGUUCCCUUAGGAGUUAAAGUGGACUUCGAAGAUGCCCUUACUUCAAGUUCUUUAGACACAUAUUGCAACUUCACGAUGCCACAAACUGCCGAAAAUUUAGCUGAUAGGUACAGUAUUAAGAGGGGAGAAGUUGAUGACUUCGCAUUACUUUCACAAAAGAAGUGGAAAAUCGCGCAAGAUAGCGGUUUUUUCAAAGCAGAAAUAACACCAGUACCAGUAAAGUCGAAGAAACAAGAGAUUAUCUUCGAUACAGACGAGCAUCCACGUCCGGAUACUACGCUUGAAAAUCUUCACAAGUUACCAGUAUUGUUCAGGAAGGGUGGUGUCGUCACUGCAGGCAAUUCUUCGGGCGUCAAUGAUGGUGCUGGCGCUCUUGUCUUGGCAAGUGAAGAAGCGAUCAAGCAGCAAAGCUUCACCCCACUGGCCCGUCUAACUGGCUGGUCCUUCGUCGGUGUCGAGCCCAGCAUCAUGGGCAUCGGGCCGGUAGCCGCCAUACAAAACCUACUUGCUGCUACUAAAUUGACACUUAAUGAUGUAGAUUUAAUCGAGAUCAAUGAAGCAUUUGCAGCUCAGGCUCUAGCGUGUGUCAAAGCUUUGGACUUGGACCAAAGCAAGUUGAACGUGAACGGUGGAGCCAUUGCGAUAGGACACCCGCUUGCCGCUUCUGGUGCCAGGAUCACUGCACACCUGGCACAUGAACUGAGACGUAGAGGUCUAAAGAGAGGAAUCGGUUCAGCUUGUAUUGGAGGUGGACAGGGCAUCGCGGUUCUUAUUGAAACCGUUUGAUUUAUUGUAUAAUGGAAACGAGAAAUGUUAAUUUUAUAUCAAUGUGUUAUUUUUAUAUUUGCCGAUAAAACAAUUGU